UUGUAUAAUCAACAACAAAUCAAUAAUUGAUUAAUCUAAUGUAGGAAUAUUCAACGUAUUACUAUCACAUCGCUAUAAAAAUCCUUAGGAGAUCCACUCAUACUGCACAAAACAAAUCAAAAAUAAACAAGCUCAUCCAAAAUGAAUAGCCAUUACUCAACUCUAUUUCUCUUUUCCCUCUUCGUAAUUAUGAGUCUUGAUGGCUUUGUUUCAUGUAGUGAAGAAAGAAAGGUAUAUGUAGUGUACCUUGGAGAGCAUAAUGGAGAGAAGACUUUGAAAGAAAUAGAAGAUCACCACUGCUCUUUUCUUCAUUCCGUCAAGAGCACAGCUACUUCCAAAGAAGAUGUUAAAGCAUUACUUGUUCAUAGCUACAAGAACGUCAUCAAUGGUUUCUCCGCUUUGUUAACACCACAAGAAGCCGAUAUGAUAUCAGGGAUGGAAGGUGUAAUAUCAGUAUUUCAUAGUGAUCCCCAUAACAUAAAGCCUCAUACGACAAGAUCUUGGGACUUUGUGAGCUUGCUGGAAGGAACUUUGAGCUUGCUGGAAGGAACUUCUCUGAUUAAUUCAAGAGAAGAAUUGCUGCAAAAUGCAAGUUAUGGAGAGGAUAUCAUCGUUGGGGUUAUGGACAGUGGAGUGUGGCCAGAAUCUUCAAGUUUCAAUGAUGAAGGAAUGGGACCAGUUCCAAAGUCAUGGAAAGGAAUUUGCCAAGAAGGUGUUGCCUUCAACGCUUCCCAUUGCAACAGGAAAUUAAUUGGAGCGCGAUACUAUUUAAAAGGUUACGAGGCACAGUUUGGUCCUCUUAACGAGACAAGGGACUUCCGUUCACCAAGGGAUGUAGAUGGUCAUGGUACUCACACAGCAAGCACAGUAGGUGGUAGAAGAGUUGCAAAUGCAUCAGCAAUUGGUGGAUUUGCAACGGGUACAGCCACUGGAGGUGCCCCAAAUGUUCGUCUUGCUAUCUAUAAAGUAUGUUGGCCGAUUCCAAAUCGGAGUUUAGCUGAUGCGAACAUAUGCCCCUUCGAUGAUAUCUUUGCUGCUUUUGACGAUGCAAUAGCUGAUGGGGUUCAUGUACUUAGUAUUUCUCUAGGGUAUAUACCUGAAACAACAUAUUACACACAGGAUACUAUUGCAAUUGGAUCUUUGAAUGCUGUGAAGAAGAAUAUUGUAGUAGCUUGUAGUGCUGGAAAUGAUGGUCCAACACCUUCAACUGUUGGAAAUGUAGCCCCAUGGAUUAUCACAGUUGGUGCUAGUAGCAUCGAUCGAGUUUUUUCAUCUCCAAUUAUGCUCGGAAAUGGAAUGAUCGUCGAGGGACAAACAGUAACUCCAAUAAAGAAGAGGAGGUUGCAUCCCUUGGUUUAUGCAGGAGAUGUAGAAAUUAAUGGAACUACAACAAGUAAUACAUCAGGAUUAUGUCUUCCCGGUACACUUUCAAGAAAUCUUGUCAGAGGAAAAGUUGUCCUCUGCGGAAUUGAUGGUAUAGUGGCAUCAAUGGAAGUGAAAAGAGCUGGAGGUGUUGCAGCUAUUUUACUAUUAACAAAUACAUCUACUGAGAUUCCAGUCACCCCUUUUCUGUAUCCCACUACAGUUGCUUUUUUAGAUGGUGGAAUUACAAUCCUGACAUAUAUACAAUCUGAAAAAAAUCCAACGGCAACACUUUUCCCGGGGAAGACAUUGAUUGGUACUAAGCCAGCACCGGUCAUGGCUCCUAUAACUUCCAAGGGACCAAAUAGGAUUGAUCCUAACAUUCUCAAGCCCGAUAUAACUGCUCCUGGACUUAACAUACUAGCAGCAUGGAGUGAGGCAUCCUCUCCCCUGAAAUUGCCAGAGGAUCGUCGGGUUGUUGAGUACAACCUGCUGACUGGAACAUCCAUGUCUUGCCCACAUGUUUCUGCUGUAAUUGCACUCUUAAAAUCCAUUCAUCCAGAUUGGAGCAGUGCCGCAAUCAGAUCAGCUCUAAUGACCACAUCAACACCAAAUAAUAUGAUUGGUACGCCAAUAACAAAUGCCGCUGGUAAUGAUGCAAACCCCUUUGAAUAUGGAGCGGGUCAUUUCAGGCCGUCAAGAGCAGUAGAUCCUGGACUCGUUUAUGAUGCUACAUACACAGAUUAUCUUUUGUAUCUCUGUAGUCAAAACAUAAACCUAGAUUCGUCGUUCAGUUGUCCUGAGAAAGUACCAGAAGCUAGCAACCUUAACCAUCCGUCACUUGCAAUAGCAAACAUCAGAGGAUCCAGCCGAACUGUCACAAGAGUUGUUACAAACGUUGGAAAAGACAAUUCGACUUACGUUUUAGCUGUGAGAUCACCUCCUGGAUAUGUCGUUGAUAUUGUUCCAAAAACCUUACACUUCAAUAAAUUGGGAGAGAAACGCCAGUUCAACAUAACACUAACAACACAAAAUGUUGAAAUGACAAAUGAGUUUUCAUUUGGUUGGUACACAUGGAGUGAUGGAGUCCAUGUGGUUCGAAGUCCCAUUGCGGUAUCAUCAUCAGCAUAACUUCCACUAUAGUGAAUACGUGCCCAAAUCCCAUAUUUUAAAUAUGUAACUAGAGCAUGAUGUUAUGAAAUUCCAAACUAAAGAUAUUAGGUUCUGCACAGUAAUUGAAAUUGCAUUUCUAGCUCAUGCAGAUGAUCAGAUUUGUACUACUCAAAAUAAAAAAGUAAUUAGAUAUAUAAGGUGUUGCUAUAUACAUCUUUGUAUACAUAUAUCUAUAUUGAUUUCAGACAAUGAUCAAGGAAACUUAAGUUUGGCUUCC